UACGACGAAACGGAUGUAAAGCGGAGUAUCCGCAAAUUAAAUAAUGAGCAAAAAGAGUCGCGUUUGGAACUUUUUCUAUAAAGAAAGCGAUACUGUCGCAAUUUGUUGCCUGUGCCACAAAAACUAUUCACGCAAGGGCCGCGGCACAACAUGUCUGCGAAAUCAUUUAAAGAGCAAGCAUCCUGCCGAAUUUCUAACACUGUCCGAAAACGACAUGAAGUACAUGGUGAAAACGGAAAUAAACGAUAGCGCAACCGCCAACACGAACUUGCAGUUACACGAUACAGAUCCAUUGGAAGUCCAAAGGCCCAUCGACUCGGACGAAGCUUAUGCGUGCGAUGAGAAAUUGGCCUCAAUGAUAGCCCAGCAUGAUUAUUCCUUUAGUUUGAUAAAAGCUGUUGGAUUUGUUAACUUUAUCAAGGUACUACAGCCGCGAUAUACAAUUAAUACCAUAAGCUAUUAUGAGAAUAUGAUAUGCCAAGACAUAUAUCAGCGCAUGCUGGCGCAAUUAAAGCAACAACUGGUCAUGCUGGAGUCCGUGUCGCUGGCAACAAGCAUCUGGUGGGGAUCAGCCGGCCAAGGCUUGCUCAGCCUAAGCUGUCAUGGCAUAUUCAGUGACUUUCAGCCCAAGCAUUUGCACUUGAAAUGCGAAGCCCUGGACAAACGACAGACGGAAGAAGUGGCGUGCCGCAUUCCCAACAUGAUAUCCAAUGCCAUCCACGAGCUGCAGCUAUCCAAAGAGAAGAUUAACUGCAUUAUUAGAGAUGAAGGCACCUGCACACAGGGCGCUGUCGUCGAGUGCAGUGUUCAUCUGCUAAAACUGUGUGUGAAAUGUGCAAUUGAGUCGAAUGAGCACCUGCAGCAAUUGGAUGCCAAAUGUCUACAAAUCGCCAAACACUUUGAACAAUCCCACAUUGCAUAUAAUAAUUUGAAAUAUAUUCACGAGAGGCGUUUGAAUCGCGAGCCAUUUCCAUUAAUGGAGUCCAAUGAAUCCCAGUUAGGCUGGAAUGCAAUAUUUCGUUUAAAAGCUCGCUUGCUCAAACUAAAAGAUGCUCUCUCAGUUUAUGCAGAAGAAUAUAAUAUGGGAAAAGUGUAUCCGGAUGAAUGGCUGGAUAUUGAUUUGGGUAAUCGUGUCAUCCAACCCAUUGAAGAAAUUAUCAGUAUUUGGAGUGAUACCUCAGCGACAGCAUCCUCUGUCAUACCGCUAAUAGCAGCUCUGCGGGAUUCGCUUCGCACAGAUGUGCACAACUUUGUGUCUUCGGUGACCAUUUGCUCGUUUGCUCGAAAGCUUCUCGAGGAGCUGGAAUCAAAAUGCUCCACAGUUACCACAGAUAUCAAAUAUUUGAUGGCCACAUAUUUGGAUCCGCGUUACAAGCAAGCGUUUUUUACGCAGCAGGAGGCGCAGCUGGUCACAGAUGAGGUCUUGACACAACUGUGCAGAUCCCAGCUUCAACAAUGGCAGCCACCAAUGAAGAUUGUUAAAGUUGUUCCCAAUGUUAAAAACGAAUCGAAGAUUGACUCGUUUCUUGACAACAUGCUCACACCAUCCGACUCCAGUUCGGAACCCUCGACAUCGUUUCAUUCCCAAUCGCAACUGAAAAACUUGUUGUAUUUGUACAACUCCGAACCCAGAAUUGAGCGCCAAAGCGAUCCAUUAAUUUGGUGGCGAUCCAAUAAUAAGUAUAGCGCUAUGUUUCCAAUUGUAAGACGAUAUCUAUCCACUCCUGCCGCUAGUAUUGCCAGCGAGCGUUUAUUCGGUGUAUCUAAAAACCUUUUUAGUGAUAUGCAAUCGGGUCUGUGUCCCGAAAAUGUUUCAAAAAUAUUGUUUGUCAAAGCUAACUUUGAGGCUCUAGGGCAAGAUUAGUUAUUUUAUGAAUUU